CCAUGCCCCCAAAUAAGUGGGUGUGUAGAUAUACAGCGACAAGCUUAGAAAUGGCCGAAUCAGAGCUUGCAAGCAAGUUAAACAGGCAACAGCAGAUAAACGAUGGAGAAGUGAAGGCUGCUAAAGUCUCCCAGUCAGUGUAUGCAGAGUUUAAAGAGUUCUCUAUACAAGAAAUCAAAGAAUACAGAAAGAUAUUCGUAAAAUAUGAUGUAGAUAAGAGUGGUUUUAUUGAUUUUAUGGAGCUUAAGCUGAUGAUGGAGAAACUGGGAGAGCCCCAGACCCACCUUGGACUGAAGGCAAUGAUAAAAGAAGUUGAUGAAGAUCACGACAAUCAAAUUAGCUUUAGAGAGUUUAUGCUUAUAUUCAAGAAGGCUCGUGAUGGGACUCUAGAGGUGGAUGGGCUCAAGGCAAUAGCUGGUAGUUGUGAUGUGGCUGCUGAAGGUGUCAAAGGAGCGAAGAGCUUCUUUGAAGCAAAAGUAAACGAGCAAGCAAGGGGAGCUAAAUUUGAGAAAGAGAUCAAAGAGGAACAAGAAAAGAAAAAGAAAGAGGCAGAAGAGGCUGCUGAAAGAAAGAAAGCAUUUAAAGAGAAGGCAUCAAUGUGGCAUUAAAAAGAUCAGAGUGUACUUGGAAGAAUGUGAUGCGGUUUAAUAACUUUCUGUUAUAUUAUUAUUAUAUAUAUUUUAUAGUUUUCUUUAUUUUUCUGUCUAUUUUCCUGCUUUUUAUAACUUAGUUCCAAUUUCA